GUAGUCCAUGUUGAUUACAGUGAAAACUACACCUGCAAAUGGAGCAAGGAAAUAAAAGACGCUCACUUUGGUGGAUCCCACCAGCAAGUCACACUCCAUACAGGGGUGUUAUACUACACUGGUGGUCAGGCUGAGUCCUUUGCUACUGUGUCUGCCAGUUUACAGCACGAUGCUGUUGCUACAUGGGCACAUUUGCAACCAGUUUUAGGAUACAUAACAUCUAACUACCCCCUGGCAAAAAAUAUCCACUUCCUGUCCGAUGGACCAACAUCUCAAUAUCGGAAUAAGGUAGCAUUCUACCUUGCGUCCACAGUGCCUUUUAUGAAAGGGUUUAAGACUGUGACGUGGAACUUCACUGAGGCCUCUCAUGGGAAGGGAGCUCCUGAUGGAGUAGGAGGUGCUCUUAAAAACCUUGCAGAUCGUGUGGUGGCCUAUGGCACAGACAUCCCAAAUGCUUCUGCUCUACUAGAGAAUCUGGCAAAGCACUCAUCUGUUAGGCUUUUUGAAGUAACAGAGGAUAAUAUUGCUGCAUGUGGGGAACUCGUUCCUCCAUUCCUGAAAUCAGUCCCAGGAACUAUGAAAAUACACCAGGUUGUUGCUACUGAACCAGGAAAUAUUAGAUUUCGAGAAGUUUCGUGCUUCUGUAGUCACUCUUGUGACUGCUUCUCUCCAAAGGAGUUUGUUUUCACGCAAAGGGAAUCUGAAGAGACCAUCAAAGUAGGAACAUGGGUCCUUGUGGACUAUGACGGAGACCUCUAUCCUGGCACAGUAACACAGAUUGCCAGUGGUCAGUAUGAGGUUGAUACAAUGAGCUGUGCGGGAGACAAUCGCUUCUACAUACCAUCAAUAAGGUUUGCUGGCGAGAAGGUAUGGUAUUAUUUGGAUGACAUCAAAGAAAUUAUUCCUGAACCACUGCCUACCUCUUCAUCCGCAAGACACUUCUGUGUGGUGUCAGAAAUCUGGGCCAAGUACAAAAAGAAAGUCCAAUGAAUUAUUAAAAUUAAUGAAUAUUUUGUUUUUUUAUGUAGCCUAUGUAUAUUAAAUCUAAGUGUCUAAGUGGCAGUCAAGACUUUCAUUAACUAUGACGCCUGGUAAAUCAGGCCAGACCUAGAAGGAAAAAAAGAGUCACAAAAAAGGUCACAAAUCAUCUAGGAACAAAAAAAAUCCAUCACCACAUCUUUUUAUGUCUUCCUUUAUCAGUAGUUCAGGGUCAUUUUCUGAAUUUGAUUUGAUAUCAAUUGAGUCUUACCUUUCCCCACACAAUUUCGUUGCUCAGAUUACUGGGCCAUUUGAUGAAGACAUCAGCUGCUUUUCCUCUGCUGAAAACAGGGUAAACUGUUUCAUUGCCUGAAAUGGCUGGGAAAAAUAUGGGACUAUUUUUCUGUUCAGUUUGUGUGUCAACUUAAUAAACUUAACAUUUUAAAAAUAUAUGUUUUACUAGGGUAUUUUAUUGUUUGGGUAGUUAAAUAUUAAUGUAGUUAUGAAGGGUUCACUACCGAAACAUUGUUUUUCAUUACCGACAUGUGUUUUUUCAUUACCGCUAUGUUAACUG